AUGGGCAGCUUUGCUCAAUGCAGCUGGCCGAUCUGGGACAUUGACGAUCUCACACCGUGCUUCCAACAAGACUACCUCAAAAUCCUGUUUCCUCUGAUUGUCAUAGGCUUCUCCUUCCUUCACCUCAGCCUCCAGGCUAUUCGAAGCGCCGCGAAGAACCGAAAGCAUGGCUACGACCAAGUCCCGGAAGAGCACCACCACGGCCACACCGAUAUUCCUCCUGAAGAGGCCGACGAUGAAGACGACGACGAGGCACUGACCAUGAACGGCGGCGGUCGCCUCGCUCUGGUCAAGACUACCACCAAGGGAUCCAUUGUCCAAGCCGACAGCCCGCCAGCCCAGAACUUGACCAUUGUCGUCGAGGAGCUUGGAAUCGCCGGUCUGAUUGCGAUACACAUUGUUGCAUUGGUCACUGGGACAGUUCCCGGUCAACAUGGAUUCUUGGUCACCAUCGUCGGUUUGGUCACUUGGGUUUACGUCGCCAUCCUCGCCACUCUACGACUCUUCCUCGGAAACACGAAAUGGCGCGUCCCUCGCAUCUGGAACCACACAGCCACAAUCUACCUUUUCCAGUGGCUAUUCACCGUGGGCAUCUUCCGCUCCGUCCUUAUCCACCCCAGCAGCCGCCUUGCGCAAACGCUUGUCAUUGUCGAAUUCGUCUUGACCUCGCUUCUCUUCGGUCUGGCAAUCACGACCCGCAAGGGCAAUAAAACGGUGCUCUUGGAAUGGGAAGGCGACAUUGAGCCCUCGCGCGAACCCCUCGCGUCUCUUUUUUCUCUGGUCACGUUUUCCUGGGUCGAUCCCAUCAUCUACCGCGGCUACAAGGAAACCCUCGAGAUGAAGAGCGUUUGGAAUUUGGUCCCCAAGGAGAAGGCAGCCGCCGUCCUGGCCGACUACCGCGCAAUGAAGAGAACCUCGACAUUGGCCUGGCACUUGCUCAAGUACUUCAAGGGUGAGCUGCUGCUGCAGUUCGCUCUGGCUGCUUUUGCGGGUAUCUUCACCUUUGCCCCAACAUUGCUGCUCAAGGCCAUCCUGGAAUACGUAGAGAGGCCCGAGGGCGCUCCCAUCAACGUCUUGUGGUUGUACGUGAUUCUCUUGCCGGUCCUCGACAUUAUCAGGUCUUUUGCCGACAACUACGCCUUGUGGAUUGGUCGCAAGAUCUGCAUUCGCAUCCGCGCCAUCAUGAUCGGCGAAAUUUACGCCAAGGCCCUCCGACGCAAGGCCUCGGCUGGCAAGGACAAGGAACUCGGCAAGAAGACACCCGCUGCUGGAAAGCAGAGCUUGUUUGGAAAGAUCAAGGCCAAGCUGGGUUUCAAGAAGGAUAAGGCUGAUGCUGAGGCUGCUGCUAACGGCACUGCCAAAGACCCGGCAAAGGACGACGAGCAGGCCAACUUGGGCACUAUUAUCAACCUCAUGUCGGUCGACAGUUUCAAGAUUGCCGAGGUCACGGCUUACCUGCACUUCAUUUGCGCGUCCGCUCCUUCGCAGCUUAUCGUGGCCAUCGUUCUACUGUGGGAUGUCAUGGGGCUCAGCGCCAUCCCUGGCUUGGUUGUCAUGGCUCUGCUCCUACCCAUCAACUACAGCUUCGCUCGAGGCUUCGCCAACACGUCCAAGAAGAUUCUGGGCGCCACCGACAAGCGUAUCAACGUGACCAACGAGGUUUUGCAGAACAUUCGCAUCAUCAAGUACUUUGCGUGGGAGGCCAAAUUUGGUCGCAUUGUGGACGAGAAGCGUGCCGCCGAGUUGAAGGCUCUCAGAUCCCGUUACAUCAUCUGGUCUUUCGCCGUCGCCGUGUGGAACUCGGUACCCGUUCUCAUCACUUUCUUCUCCUUCUUGAUGUACACCCUCAUCGAGCAUAAGCCGCUCUACCCUUCGGUGGCCUUCACUGCCAUUUCUCUCUUCAUGCUCCUCCGCGUUCCUCUUGACCAGAUGGGAGACAUGUUUGCCCAUGUUCAGGAAACCAAGGUGUCAUUGGAUCGUGUCGAAGAGUUCCUCACCGAGGAGGAGACUGAGAAGUACGAACAGCUCGGUGAGGACAACGUUGAUGAGAAUGGAAAGAAAGUCAUCGGCCUACGCAAGGCCAACUUCAUCUGGGGCGGUAAAGACGUCGUUGCAGAUGACGGAUCCAUGGCUUUCCGUCUCAUGGACAUGGACGUCGAUUUCCUCAUUGGCAAGCUCAGCAUCAUUUCUGGACCUACCGGCUCUGGCAAGACUUCCAUGCUCAUGGCUUUGCUUGGUGAGAUGACUCUGGUCGAGGGCAAAGUCUACUGCCCAGGUGGCCGUAGCCGUGAGGAUGUUCGACCUGAUCCUGAGACGGGUCUGGCUGAUACGGUCGCUUAUGUCGCUCAGGCUGCAUGGCUUGUAAAUGCCAACAUCAAGGAGAACAUCCUGUUUGCUGCGCCAUACGAUGAGAAGAGAUACAGGGAUGUGAUCAUUGCCUGCGCCCUGGAGCGUGACCUUGAAAUCCUGGACAACGGCGAUGAGACCCUGGUUGGUGAGAAGGGCAUCACGAUGUCAGGUGGUCAGAAGCAACGCAUCUCGCUCGCCCGUGCAAUCUACUCCAAUUCGCAACACAUCUUCUUGGACGACUGCCUCAGCGCCGUUGAUUCUCAUACAGCACAAUGGAUCUUCAACAAUGCCAUCAAGGGACCUUUGAUGGCGGGCCGAACUUGCAUCCUGGUCACCCACAACCUCCAACUUUGUGCCCCCUCAUCGCACUACGUUGUCUGUCUUGAGAAUGGUAGAAUUACUGCGCAGGGACCAUCUGCUGAGCUGAUUGCUGCCGGUAAGCUGGGCGAAGAUGUUCAGAAGGCUGCUAUCAACUCUGCUUCAGUGUCCCGGAUUCCGUCCCGUGUCCCCUCUAGCGUUGGCGAAGAUGGCUCAGAGACCGUGGUCAACCCUGGCGACGAAGGCGCCAGCGAUGCUCGAUCAAAGAAGAACGACAAGAAGAAGGAGCAAAAGGAUGCCAUGGAGGAAAACAAGGCUGUCGGCUCUGUCAAGUGGCCCGUCAUUCAACUAUACCUCUCCUCCAUGGGUGCUUGGUGGUUCUGGGCCGUUGCUCUCACAGUCUUUGGUCUACAGCAAAUGUCUGGUGUCGCUACCAACUUUUGGGUGCGAGAGUGGGCUAACCAAUACGUUGACGAGGAGGUCGCGCACAUUGAUUUCUCGACCGCAUCCCACAGCUACAGCCAGCAGUCUUUGAGUCCGACCUAUUUCGCCUCCAUCGCUAACUACGGCAACCGUAUCAGCUCCAACUUUAGUGCUUCCACCGUUGCGGACGUGAACGUGACUUACUACCUCACCGUACUCGCCAUCAUUGGUCUUGCUGGUUCCGUUGCUGCUUUCAUCAGAGACAUUUGGGUUUUCUAUGGUUCUCUGACGGCAUCCAAGAAGAUUCACAACGACUUAAUUACUAGGGUCUCUCGGGCAAAAUUCAAGUUCUUCGACGUCACUCCUCUCGGCCAGCUGAUGAACCGCUUCAGCAAGGACCUCGAGGCCGUGGAUCAGGAGGUUGCGCCGAUCGCUAUUGGCGUUUUCGGUUGUGCUCUUGGAAUCCUCGUUACCGUCGUCUUGAUCACCAUCAUCACCCCCGGCUUCCUCAUUGCGGGUGUUUUCAUUACUGCCGCAUACUACUUCGUUGGCUCGUUCUAUUUGCGGGCCUCCAGAGAUCUCAAGCGUCUCGAGUCCGUUCAGAGAAGCCCUCUGUUCCAGCAGUUUGGAGAGACACUCUCUGGUAUGACGACCAUCAGAGCUUACGGUGACGAGCGUCGCUUCAUCCGAGAAAACUUGUCCAAGAUUAACGUCCAGUCUCGCCCUUUCAUUUAUCUGUGGGCUGCCAACCGUUGGCUCGCGUUCAGAACAGAUGUGCUUGGUGAUACGGUCUCGUUCUUCGCUGGUGUCUUCAUCAUCAUCAGCCUGGGCACGGGCGCCGUCGAUGCUGGUUCUGCUGGUAUCUCCCUCAGUUACGCCAUUGGCUUCACAGAGAAUGUCUUGUGGCUUAUCCGCCUCUACGCCAUCAACGAGCAAAACAUGAACUCCGUGGAACGCAUCAAGGAAUACCUGGACGUUGAGCAGGAGGCCGAGCCGAUUGACGAGAAGAACCGUCCUCCCAAGAACUGGCCAAGCCAAGGGUCCGUUGAGUUCAUCAACUACUCUACCCGCUACCGCGCAGAUUUGGACCCUGUCUUGCGGGGUCUCAGCUUCAAGAUCAACCCCAGGGAGAAAGUUGGCAUCGUUGGCCGGACAGGCGCUGGCAAGAGUUCGCUGGCCCUGGCUAUUUUCCGUGCUCUCGAAGCCGAUGAAGGCAAGAUCCUUAUUGACGAUAUUGAUGUUGGCCUGAUUGGACUGCGCGAUUUGCGUGAGGCCAUCACCAUCGUUCCCCAGGAUCCCACGCUUUUCAUGGGCACGAUUCGCACCAACUUGGACCCCUUCGACGCGUACACGGAUGAACAGAUCUUUGAGGCGCUCCGUAAGGUGCAGCUUAUCAGCCCCAACGAGUCGACUUCUAGACCGGCGACCAGACCGACUACGCCAUCAGCCGGAUCGAUUCUGCCUGCCACCCCUAACCUGGGUCUCAUUCAGGGUGAUUCGAACGACAGCCCCGGCUCCUCGAUUGCGCCUACAAACAAGAACAUCUUCCUCAACCUCUCGUCGACUGUGUCAGAGUCUGGUUCCAACCUGUCGCAGGGUCAGCGCCAGCUGCUCUGUCUCGCCCGCGCCCUUUUGAAGCGACCCAAUGUGCUGGUGAUGGACGAGGCGACAGCCUCCAUCGACUACGCCACCGAUACCAAAAUCCAGGAGACAAUCCGCGAGCUGACGAGCACCAUCAUCACCAUCGCCCAUCGCCUGCAGACUAUUGUGGAUUACGACAAGGUUCUCGUCUUGGACAAGGGUGCCGUUGUCGAGUAUGGCCACCCGUACGAGUUGAUUCGCAAAGAGAAUGGCAGCUUCCGUGGCAUGUGCGACAUGAGUGGAGAAUUACCGUCGUUGCUCAAGGCUGCCAAGAAGAAGUGGGAUUCCGGGAGACUCGUUGACGUAGACGACGAGGAACAAGACACUCAAUCCACACUCGUCGAGGGCGAGGCUCAAAAGGCCACCGAAGAGGCGAAGAAGAAGAGUGACGAGGAAGAUAGUAAGAAGAAGGCUGAGGCCGAAGCUGAAGCAAGAAAGAGGGCAGAAGAGGAUGCGAAGAAGGCGAGGGAGGCCAAAGAGGAGGCCGAGAAGGCCGAGGAAGAGUCAAAAAAGAAGAAGGCUGAAGAAGAGGCCAAGAAGAAGGCCGCAGAUGAAGAGUCGAAAAAGCAGGCCGAGGAGGAAGCGAAGAGACAGGCAGAUGACAAAGCCAAGGCCGACGACGAGGCCAAGAAGGCUGGCGGAGGAUAA